AUGGAUAUAGUUCAGAAGGAAGUCCAACCCGUCCCGAAAGCUGUGGAGGCAAUCCUUAAGGAGUUUGCAGAUGUCAUGCUCAAGGAGUUGCCCAAAACCUUACCACCUAGGAGAGAGAUGGAUCAUGUCAUUGAGUUGGAACCGGGUGCCAAACCCCCUGCCAAAGCGCCGUAUAGGAUGGCACCUCCUGAGUUAAAGGAAUUGAGGAAGCAGUUGAUGACAAGACCCACCCCGAAUUUCCUCGGAAUCCGGGACGGACCCCGCCUAAUUACCGACAUCAACCUAAUGCCGGGCCCACUUAGUAAAGAUUGA